AUGUGUGCGGAAGACGUUGAGAAGCUUGUGAACGACCGACUUCGAGACUUGAAGACCAGCGGGAACUUUGAAGACGCACUACGUAAAGAGAUGGAUCAGGCGAAUUCUACUCCUUUCACUGCCAAAAUCGAGCAAGCUGCUCCUCCGAAGCGAUUCUCAACACCCUCGUUCACACACUUCAAAAGGGAUUCUGAUCCCAAUAGCCACCUAAAACACUUCAAAAGUGUCAUGAUCCUCCACAAGACCGACGACGCGCUAAUGUGCAAGGUGUUUGUAAUGACCUUGCGGGGAGCAACCAAGACUGGUUUCACACCCUACCAUCCGGGUUGA